AUGUCGUCUCGUGAUGCUACACCAAGUUUAUAUCAUCGAACAGGAACACAAGGUUCAUUUUAUCAACAAUUAGUAUUACCCGCUCGAACGAAACGUGGACAAUCAUUCAAUCGAGAUUAUUUGCAUAAAAAAUUAUGGAAAUUUUUCCGUUUGGUUCGUUAUGCUGUUCGUGUUUGUUUAAUUGUGAGAAAAUAUGCGAUCGAUUCAUUACGUAAGAGUGGAGAACAAUUAUAUAAUAAUUCCGAAAUUCUUUUUGAUCUAAGCAAAUUUCGACGACCAGUUGAGGAAACAAUUGGAAGAAAUAUUCGAAAAAUUUUAAAAACCGAUCCCGCAACAAGAUCAGAAGAAGAUAUUCGUAUGAGUGUUGUUGGAUUGGGUCAGACUGUUGCGUCAUUUACAGAAUUUCCUCUUCAACGACAAUAUGCAUUAGCACGUGUUGCUAUACUAGAAGAAUUUGAAAGAGGUCGGGUGAUACUUCGUGAAGGACAUCGUGCUGAGAAAUUCUAUUUAAUUGUCGAUGGUAUCAGUAAGUUAAAUUAA